AAGUUCUAGAACGUUUGGCGUGACCCCGCCCACUGGAUGACGUCAUUGCCGUAGGCGGAAAGCACCUGCGUGGCUGGAGUCCUUCACUUGGCAAAUGCACGCCGGAGCCCGCGUAUCUCUCCCGGCGACAUCACCACGAAGAAAUGGAUAAACGCUUGGUAUUUUGCAUUUUGAUCGUCUUCCUCAAACCCUCGGGGGCUUUUCCGCAGCCCAAAUGCAAGGACGGCCUGGAGAACACGAACGGCGUCUGCUGUUCCAAGUGUCCAGCCGGAAAACGUCAAGCGUCGCCCUGCACCCAACAUGGAGAGGAGGGGAAGUGCGAGGAAUGCGACGACGGGACCUUCAUCGAACACGCCAACGUGUUGCAUCACUGCCUCAAGUGCACGCAGUGCCGCCCAGAUCAGGAAGUUGUACGGCAGUGUACUCACACUCAGGACGGCGAAUGUCAGUGCAAAGCGGGGGGCUUCUGUGCCCCCGACCAGCCGUGCGAGGUGUGCAGGAAGUGCUCAAGGUGUAAAAAAGAUGAAGUGAUGGUGAGGAACUGCACCGCCACGAGCAACACAGAAUGCAAGAAGGGGCAGCUGGACGCUUCCCCUGCUUCAGGAAAUGCCUUGUGGUGGCUGCCUGUACUCGUUAUCGGAGUAUUCGUUGCCAUCGGAGUACUCGGAUGUUUUGUGUUGAAACGUCGAACAGCAACAGACUCUCCGAUGAAUCCACACGACAAGCAGAAAGCUGGAAACUCUGACAGCGACGAGGACAGCGGCAACGAGCGCAGCAGUGGAGAGGCCCAGAGGCUGAGCUGCCUGGGCGGGAUGAUGCCGUGGCGCCUGGUGAGAGCCAGCGGCGCAGAGGAGGAGCGCAAAGCGCUGCGCGACAGCCCCGGCAGCUCAGCCAGUAACUCCCAGCACAAUCUAACCGCCUUCCCCUACCCCUACCCCGGCUUCCCCGCACCCCCCGCCCAGGCCGGCCCCACGGCCCCCGUGCAGCCCGACCGCAGGGAGGAGGAGGAGGAGGAGGAGUUCCCCGAGCUUGUUGCUGUGAAUGGAGAAGAGUCUCUUCGGAAGUGCUUUGAGUAUUUUGAGGACGUGGACGUGCGCCUGCACAGUCGAUUCUUCCGCCACCUCGAUGUCGCCGACAACGUGAUCAAAAGCAAGGACCACCUUGCCUACUAUGACAGGAUCCACGAGUUGCUCACCAUUUGGGUGGAGAAGGCGGGCCGGGGGGCCACCUUAAACGACCUGCUGAGAGCGCUGCUCAACUUGAAGCAGAGACGGACCGCCGAGAUCAUCAAGGAGAAGGCGAUUCGCAACGGCCAUUACGUGGAGGCUCAGGGGUCUCCCUGACUUGGUUCACCUUGGUCUCUGUCUACUGAACCUCUCUGGUAUCACUAAUGACUUCAGGUGUCUGGUGGAGAAACCUUCUAUCGGCCGAUUCUGGUCAGAUGUCGAGGCCUUCCCACCCCAAACACCGCGUGGGCUGCUGAGCAUGUUGCCACGCUGUACAGCUCUGAUGUGUGAGCUUAUUCAGCCAGCCAGCGUUAAACCUUCUGACUGGAUGAGACUUCCUCAUUUCCUCACAAGUGUUUGCAGUCUUGAUUAGAGGCCGCUUAUUUAAUCAGUUUACUCCGUUCCAAUAGCCCCAGCUUUUUAGAUGUGUCUAUAGUUUCAGAAAGUGACUGUGAUGUUCGUCAGACCUUUUAUUUAUGAUUUUUAUUUCUUAAGAUGCAUUUUAUUUAUUCAGUCACACGCAUCUCAACUGUGACUGUGAUCGAACUUGCAGCUAUGAAACAAAAAGCUUCUGAAUCAAAGGGUUAAGUAUGAAGUUAUUAAGGUAGAGAUCAACUAUCUUUGACUCAUUUGAAAGUGUUCUGCUAGGAUGUUAAACGACAUUGCGUGCCUCAUGCCAAUGCAUGCGCUUCAGUCCUGAUCCUGGUCCUGAAGACUGACAUCAAGGAGGUUUACAAAGCUCGGGGAGAAAGAGAUCUACUUGUUUACUAAGUGUCUUAUCUGUCAUUUUCUAUGAGGAUUUAGUCGUGUUACAUUUCACUUUUAUCUCUUAUCUCAGUUCCUGUCUUUGUCGGUGAAUUGUUUUUUUUAUUACAAGUUACAAGCUCUUUGUCAAUUUAAAAAAGGGGUUAAAGAGUAAACAAAAUUUAAAAUGCACACUCCAGUUGUGUUAAAAUACGCACUCCAGUUGUAUGUUGAUGAUUUUGUUGCAUUUUUCCAAAUAUUCUUUUGGGAAAGUUCCACCAUGAACUGGGAUUGAUCGGUCAGUGUGAUGCAGCGCUGCUCUGUUAUUCCACAUGUUGUGUGAAAGGUUGGAAUCAUAUUCAAGUUUACUUCCUCGCUAAAAGCCUGUGUGGCUAACACUAGAUUGUUAGCACACGUUAACUACAUUUGUUAAUGGAUUUAACUUAUGCACACAUUUUCCUUUUAAUGAUUGUAAUGGAAUAAAUACUUCUUCCAGCCAA